AUGAUUUAUGAGUUCAAGAACAUCCAUGCAAAGAUUGAUGGGAACUAUUCUGACCUCAACAACAAGUACAUGCAACUUGCCUCUCAUCUCAAGGCUUUGGAGAGUCAUGUUUCUUCUAUGCCUUCAUCCUCUAAGCAGCCAAUGGGAUCUCUACUAGGGAAACCAGAAAAGAACUCCAAGGAGUCUUGCAAUGUUGUCUUCUCCACUACUUCUCCAGAGAUUGAGCUGAGUGAUCAUGAGAAAGAGGAGGAUGAGAUUGAAAGACUGGUAUAUAGAACUGAGUUUGGGGAAGUUGAGAGAUUUAUUGUGGCCACAGCUGAAGCACAGAUUGUGAAGGACGCUGUCAGGAAGAUUAAAGGAACGAAUCUGCCAAGAGCUGAGCACAAGGCUGAGAGACAAGUUGAGAAGAGAGCUGACAACAAACUAAAAAAGGUUACGCUAGAGGAAGCAACUAAGGUUGAGCUAUCACCCUAUGAUCAGCUCCAUUUCCCCCAAAGAGUUCUGACCAAAGCUCAGAAGAAGGUGGUCUUCAAGUUCAGGAAAGAUCUUAAUAAUGUUGGGGUCGGGCUUCCAGAAAUCUCGGGUAUGCGUAAAGCUCAUGUCCAGAUGAUGCUCAACAACGACAUUCUAGACCACCAAGCUGAAGUGGCCGAGCUUUUGGACAUCUCCAUUCCGAAGAUUGAUCCACCAAUCCCUCCAAAGUCCCUCCCUAAGCUUGAGUCUCAAGGGAUGUUCACCUUGCCUUGCUACCUUGGGAUUGAGAGCAUGGAGCCAAACACAUCUUCCCUACAGUUUGGAGAUUCAUCUUCUACAACUCCUAUUGGUCUCAUCAAAGACUUCCCUUUGAAGAUUGGAGCAUGCACCAUUCCUAUAGACCUUACUGUUCUGAAGAUGGACUCCAUUCCUUACAACAGUAGGAGCUUGCAUAGACUUUGCCAACAAGAAGGUCACACUCCAUCCUCCAUUGAGAAGACCAAGGCUAAAGGGGUUGGUAUUAAGAAACAAGGUCUUGCUGGAGAGUACUCUAAAGAGCUGUGUGAUGAGCACUUGGAAAAGUGCUAA